AUGGAAGACGACGAUAUGUCAUCACCAAUCGCCUCACCAGCUUCAGGCCAUGACGAGACAAUGGAAGUCAUUGAGCAACAGAACAACGAACAAGAGUAUAUACUCUUUUGCAUUGAUCUUGAUGAGGAGAUCAACUCGAUAUUCAAGCAGACCAAUCCCAGACUGGAUCACAUCAAGAAGGCACUGUCAUUGUUUGCUCGUAGCAAGUUGCGUUUGGACCCCAACACCAAGUUUGCCAUAUGCAUCCUCCGUGUCUCUGCUAUCUGGUACAUGGACUUUACCAGUGACUUUGUCGAGAUCAAGUCAAAGUUUGAUAGCUUGAAGCAUGGUGGUCGAUUCACUGCUUUCGAUAUGACUACUCUAUUUGAUACAAUCGAGGAUACAUAUCGACAGAUAUCAAAAUCAAAGCAAAUACAAACACAGACAACAACAUCAUCAUCAUCAUUAGCAUCUUCAAUAUCAAAGAACUGGAAUCUUCGUGUAAUAUUCAUUUACUCUCGAUCCACAACAGUCCCUCAAUACUUUGGAGGUACAACAAGCUUGGAGGCCCUAAAGAGACAUCCAAACUUCUGCUUUGAAUCUAUAUAUAUGUAUCAUGUCUAUCACACCGAUCACUCAAAGAUCGUUGAGGCCAUCACACAUGCAACAAGAAAUAUAUCAAAGAUUUCUGAUCAAUCAUCGAUUAGAAAGUUCUACUAUUGCUUCCUUGGUAUCAUGUUUGUGCCUCCCUCGCAACGACCAACCACACCCAAGUACCAACGCUUCCCAGUUGGUCUGAUUAACGAGCAUUUGGAUCGAUUGGCUCCAAGUGGCAAGAGUCUGAGCUCACUCUCGUCGAUGGGUGCCAAGGCUGUGCCAACUCCUCAGAUCAUUCUACAGGUUCAACAACAGCAACAGCAGCAGCAACAACAACCUCCAGCACCUCAACAAGACCAACCAGCUAUUGAGUUUGAUGAAGAUGUCCCAUUGGCACCACCACAGGUUCAUUUGAUUCCUCAACCACAACCACCCCAACAACAACAACAGGCACCAGCAGGUGCCAAUAUAGAUAUCAAUCAGGACAAUGCGAACAUCCAGAUCGAUAAUAAUGUAGAUGACCAAAUGAACAACAACAACAAUAAUAAUAAUAAUGAGAACAAUGGUGUAGAGGAUGAGAUACCUGCGGCACCACAAGCUGCACCAGCAGUAGCUCCAGCAUUGCCAGUCGUUCCCGCUGCUGCUGAGCAACAACAACAACAACAACAACUGCAACAACAAUUACAAGUACAACCAAUUCAGAUGUUUGUCCAACCAGGUCAGCAAGCUGGAGGUAAUCAGACCAUGGUGCAAGUCCCAUUCCUUUACUACCCAUUUUUCCCACUGAUCCAGAAUGGAAACAACAACAACAACAACCUUCUGGCACCCAACCUAAUCGAUCCAACUGGCGUUUCCAUCUACCAUCCCUAUCAGUUCAUGGCAACCAAUGCUCAACAAUUACAACAGGCGCAACAAUCUCUCAAGUCCAAGUCAGCCCUCAAGACCUCGAGCGAAAACAGCACAGAGGAUCCAAACGCAACCUCCUCUCUUGGUUCCAUGAUGCGGCCAUAUAUCAACAAUGAGCAGUUUAGUGAUGUUGUGUUUCUGGUGGGCAAGAGCAACGACUCACCUGGCGAGCAAAUCUAUGGUCACAAGGUCAUUCUCAGUGCCAGGUCAAAGUACUUUAAAGCACUUUUUACCAACGGCAUGCGAGAGAGCGGUGGAAAUGGUGAGAUAGUCGUUCCAAAGGUGUCCAGAGAUGUCUUCCUGGCUCUCUUGUGCUAUCUCUACACAGAUGACCUGACACCUUCAGAAUCAUCAUCGACAUCUUCCACCACGACCACUACCACAACGACAACAACGACGACAUCAUCAUCAUCAUCCACUGCAGUCACCACAACAUCAAAAGGAAAUGGAUUCUCAUCGUCAUUGCUGACGGAGUUGCUUAUAUUGGCUAACCAGUACAUGUUGGACGGACUGAAGAUCAAGUGUUGUGAGCUCAUUGGUGAGACCUUGUCACCUAACAAUCUAGUGUCGCUCAUGUCCUUGGCCAGUGUUCACGAAGCCACCGAGUUGCGUAACGCUUGCAUAUUCUACUUCUAUACAAACCUGCCCAACAUCUUGCGCGAUUGCCUCUUUGAGAGGGAAGGACCGAGCGAAGGAUCUGAGGCAUUGGGAUUCCUCAUUGUCGACUACUUCAGCAAAGUUUCUAAACUGUCAUCAUCCGAUGGCAAGUCCGACGACUCCAACACCAACCCAGAGAUUAACGCCAAGAACUUUGAAGAGCUUGUGUCGUUGUUUUGA